UAAUUACUUUUUUCAGUAUGACUUUAACAUGUAUACAUUGUCGGAUUUUGUUAUUGGUUCAUCGAUUGGUGAAGGAAGGUUCGCUCGUGUUCAUGAAGCAUCUCUUCAGAAAAGGCCCGUGGCCUUGCGAGUAAUAAAACUCAAUGAAGCAGCAGCAAUAAGCAACAAGAAAUUGAUUGCUCAAGCGAAAGCUCUUUGUUCUGUUGAGCACAAAAACAUUGUUAAAUGUUUUGGCGCAUUAGUUGGGGAAACAAAAGGUUUUGUGUUGGAGCUUUGUGGAAAGAAGAUUUACGACAUGUUUGAGGAGGUCACUGUUCGAUCACUGCAUGGCCUCCUUCAAAUAUUGGAGGAUGAUAUUUCGUUGGAAUGGAGGCUGAAAGCACUGCUAGAUGUCAGUGAUGGUUUAAAUUAUUUGCAUGACAAGUCAAUCGUUGCCGGUGAUGUCAAACCAAGUAAUGUUUUAAUUUGUGGAGAGGUUGAGAACGACAUCACAUUCAAAAUUGCAGAUUAUAGUGUACAGUCAAUUCUGCAACAACAAACAUCGUUAAUGAUGUCAUCGUAUGGUGCUGGAAAGCUGAAGCUUACUCAGUCUUUUACAUGGCACCUGAAAUGUUGACCUCAGAGUGUGGUGCUUCUAUUGACAGUUUUACAACACAAACCGAUAUGUUCUCGUUUUCUAUCAUGGCAUACCAAAUUAUGUUUCCAAGUAGUGUUUUACCCAUGCAUAUAACUCCUUUUCAACACAUGAUAGCUUUGAAAAAUCAUUGGCGUCCAUCAAUUCCAGCAUUCAAAAACGAAUUGUUUAAAAAGGUACAUGGACUAAUAGAAUUGUGUUGGUUUGAACAGCCGGCAAAGAGGUCAUCAGCCAAAACAUUUAACAGUGAUUUAGGAUAUAUUGUGAGUAUUUUCUUUCUUUCUUUCUGUCUUC